AUGAUGUUAGAGUCCACUAUUAUGGGUACAUAUGAAAAAGAAACUAGAGUUCAGCAUUCCAACGGUGUACGAUGGAGACUGAUAACAACAAUAAUUCUUGCUGCUAUCGCACUUGUUGCCUUUUGUGCUAGUCUACUGUCACUGUCACUGUCACUGUCACUGUCAUUAUCAUUGCCAACUGAACAAUUGGCUCCAAAUAUUAAAGCUUUUUCUAGUCGGUUUCUGAAUUUGAAGAGUGAUGUUAGUGCUCAUCACAAGCCAUGUCAUGAAACUGACAAUGAAUCGAGUGAUGAAAACUCGAGAUUGGGAAGUGGAGAAAAAGUCAAAGUAAUCAAAACUGAUGACUACCAGCACCACGACCACGACCACGACCACAAAGAACAACAAGAACAAAAAGAACAGCAACAAGUGGAACAAGCUAGAAAAAGGGAUGAUACUGAAAACAAAAAAGACGAAAAAAGUUCCACGAAAUCUGAAAGCACUGCUAGCUCAACAAAUUCCGAGACCAAAUCGGCUUCAAAAACAUCCAGCACCUCAAAGGCUUCAGAAACUACAUCUUCCAAGACUAAGAAGGACUCAUCAACAUCCACCAACUCAGAACCAACAUCUUCAUCCAGUUCAACAUCAACAUCCAAACCUACUCCAGCCUAUGACCAGCCAGGUGUCAGGUUUGUGUUUGUGCUAUUUGGAGUGAUAUUCCUCAACAUGGUUGCAAUUUGCAUCCACCAUAUUUACCAAAAAGUCACAAGAUCGCAAAACCUAUAUAGAAACUUUGAGGAUGAAAAGUCUCCAUUUUAA